UUAAUUGGCAGCCACUGGCUCAUAUAUAAUUUCCUGUAUAUAAUAUUCAGGUCAUAAAUUUUUCUGAAUCAAAAACAAAAAUGGAAAGAGUUCUGUUAACAGCCAUCUACUUCAAAGGAACCAAGACAUCAUCGAUAAUGAGUGCUUUAUUCAACUUUCAAUCAUUAUUACAAGUCAUUUUAUUAUUGAUUUGUACCUGUACUUAUGUUCAUGCCACCGCACCUGCUAUAUUAGAUAAUAGAAAAUCAGGAAUAUUAAGUGUAUUCUGGAAAUGUGCUAGAGUUGGGGAAAGAAUGAGUCCAUAUGUUGCUAUUGGAUGUUUCAUAAUGGCCUUCAGAACUUUAAGUACUUGAUUGUAUCCGUAAAGACCACCAUGAAUCAUCGGUAUACGCAAACACAUACACAUACAUCAUAUUUGGGAAACA